AUGUCUGUAGUCACUAACAAGCUUCGUUCUCCGGUUAAACCGAUGGUUGAACCACGAGCUAUCCUCUGUUCUACCGGGAACAGAUUCAGGGUUUCGAAAACAGAGAUAACCAAGAAGAAACUGCUUCCAGGAGUUACGAAAUCCCUGGCGGAUUCCUCCGUGACGAGCAAUUUCUCAGCUUCGACUGAUGACUAUUCAUCUUCUUCUUCUUCAUCGGAACGUUCGUCGUCGGUGAAAACGACAAACUCUGGGAAAUUUACUCCGUCGAAACGUAACGGAUUAACGAAGGUUAGUAAUGUCGUCGACGUCGCCGGCGUUGUAGACAAUUCUCCUGAAAUUCCGGGACCGGUUAAGAGAUGCCACUGGAUCACACCUAAUUCAGAUCUGAUCUACGUGUUGUUCCAUGACAAGGAGUGGGGAGUUCCAGUUCGUGAAGACAAGAAACUCUUUGAGCUGCUUGUGUUCUCACAAGCAUUGGCUGAGUUUAGCUGGCCUUCAAUUCUUCAUAAAAGAGAGGCCUUUAGGAAGCUAUUUGAAGAUUUUGAUCCAUCAGCUAUAGCACAAUUCACAGAGAAGAGGUUGAUGUCUCUUAGAGUAAAUGGGUGUCUCAUUUUAUCCGAACAGAAACUGCGAGCAAUCGUAGAGAACGCGAAAUCGGUUCUCAAGGUCAAGCAAGAAUUUGGGUCAUUCAGCAACUACUGUUGGAGAUUUGUGAACCACAAGCCAUUAAGAAAUGGGUACCGUUAUGGUCGUCAAGUACCGGUUAAGUCGCCAAAGGCAGAGUACAUUAGCAAAGAUAUGAUGCAGAGAGGGUUUCGCUGCGUUGGUCCUACUGUUAUUUAUUCAUUCUUGCAGGUCUCUGGUAUAGUGAAUGAUCAUCUCACAGCUUGCUUCAGAUACCAAGAAUGUAAUCUUGAGACUGAGAACGAACCGAAAAGCCCAAAGGCCGAGACCGAACUGGAUCUUCAUUCUCCAUUACUUGUUUGA